AUGUAUGAUGGACUCGUUUUCAAUGCUCACAACAUCGGGUUCAUGAGCAGCUAUUUCUCAGCAGAGAAAGCCGUCAACAUACAACCUAUCCAGAUUCUUUGGACCACUAUCUUAAGCACUUGGUUUCCAGCCCUGGGCGAGAAGGCGUAUAAGAUUGCCCAUAAAGCGCUCGGUUCACCUGAUAAGAAAGAAACCGACGCCAUCCUUGUAAAAGUUCAGUAUGUCUGGGGUGAACCCUCAGGCGGAUUUCAAGAGCACGAAAUCUUCGUUACUGAAUGCAAGAGCUGGGAACACGAUACCGAUGAGGGCUGGACAUUAGCUGCCGAUCAACUGAAGGACUACCUGCGGGAUAAUGAUCCCCACGGAUCAUGGACGAUGUUUGGGGCUGUCGCUAUCGGAACCAAAGUUCAAAUCUAUGAAUGGAGGGGCGAAAAAACAACAACAUCUUUGACGCCAAUAUACUGGCAAUUAGACCUUGGUAGUGCUACGGAUCGGUGCACAUUUGAGAAAGCUAUGGAGAGAGCCAGAUCUGGUGGGUGGGAUUAUGCGCAAAUGCAUAAACAAUUCACUGUAGGUUGA